GAAAAGAUUGAGAAAAAUUGUCAGCGUGAUGCACAGCCUGAAAUUAACCCAGUACUCUUGGAGUGUACUUAAGGACCAUAAGCAGUGUUCUGACUGCUUGGAGACGGAUGGACACGAACCAACUUUUCCAGUGCAAAUCGGGGGACCCAACUACAGGAACGUCGAACCCUACUGGUAUACACAGCCACACCCACAGUUUAUAGGUCCAAAUCAAGGUUUCAGCAGUUUCGGCUCCUUUCCAAAUUUACCGACUGCUGUACCAAUCCAAGAAUUCCACGCACAAUUUCCCACCUAUCCGGUUGCAACGUAUUUUGUGACACCACUACAAACCGCUGUACAACAAUUCCCACAACGAACGCAGUCCCAAUACUUGCCAACUUCGAGAGAUUAUAAAUACAAAUCAAAUAUGCGUCUCAUUGACCAAGCUGUACUGGACGAGGGCCCUGUUCGCUGCCCAAACUUGGAAACAAAUCCGAAAAUUAUGAAAGAUGCUAGAGUGUGCUAUUUGCAUAAACUUUCACCCAUCGAGGUGAGGUUACGUUACCAAAAACAACGAGGCCCAUACUUCGAUUUUCAAUUGGAAAAUAUGAUGGACCCUCUGGAUGUUCCGACUGCAAGAGUCAUCGAUGGUGAAAAUAUAAUGAAGAUGGUAACGGAUGGAUGCAAAAUCAAGCAUGAACAGAAUCUUAAGCGCGUGGAAAGACAAGUUCCUACAAAGUCCGUAUCGUCUGACUCUGUCAGACUCGAGUUUCACCGUAAAAUGAAAGAGGCGGCCGGAGAUAGUAGCCCAACCAGUAGCAGCUUUAGCCAUCAUCCGCCUGAUAUGAAAACAUCAGCACAAUUCAAGGUCCAAGUUUCUUCCCUGCAAUCAGAAAAUAAAGCAACGUUGACGUUACAAGAACCCGACUUCAAUGGUUACACAGACGAUCAAGAUGAUAUGGUAGAUGCAUGUCCGGCGCCAAAUUGUGUUGACAACGUGUAUGAUAUGAUGUCUCCCGUUCCUGCGACAUCAUACGACAAGGUUCGAAAUUUAGUUGGUGACAGUAAAACUGUCUCGGAUUUCGAAGAAAUGCAGCAGGACCAACCUUACUUUGACGACGAAACAAAUAUACACCCCGCAACUGAAAUUUUAGAUACGGACGUCAUGUCAUUGGAGGUUGAUUCCACAAUGAGCGAAAUCAAAUCAAAAUUCAACUAUUCGCAACACGUAGCUUACAUUGUUGGCGAAUAUGUUGACACAUCAGAUUGGGACAACACAGCCAUGAAAAUAAAAAGUGUCUUGCUGUCAGAUAAUUCAGCGGAACUGUUUGUGUACGAUAUGAUCACGUGGGUCGUACAAAAAUCGGAUGUUCGGUUAUUCAGGGCUGUUGGCAGUAUUAUUCGUCAAAUGAUAAAGACUGGGAUUGCAGACAAAUUUAAGAUACUUGAAAUGCUUGCCACGAAAUUUAUUGAUGAUCAUCCAGAAAUUGGAUGUCACUGGUCUAUGAUUGUGACUCGUCUGGCACAAAUUUCUGUAGAGGCGUUUUUCAAUGAAGAAAAUCUGAAUUGGUUGUGUCAACUACGAGAAUAUGUUCACCCGAAUACCACAAGCUUGGAUGAUUGGAAGAUGUUCGGCAACCAGGUCGUCAAAUUACUUGCCGCUCGGACAAACAUGGACUUUGUUUACAAUUUGAGUCGGCGAACUAAUUCGGGUUUGCCGGAGAUUUUACCGGUUUUGCAACAAUCUGGAGAUUCCCAGGCACCAAUCGUCUCUCAAGCUUCGACUUGUCAAGCACUUCCCACUGCAAACCAUUCGGGAUAUAGUCCGAUUUUAUCGAAAGAUGCUAUAGAACCACCAAAUUUACUGCUUGCACUGAAAUCGAAAGACGUUAAAGUGAAGAUUUUUACGAAACCUUUGAUCAAUGGUACUACUUGCUCUCAAAAUAAGGUUUCCGCCAAUGAAGAGGAACAAUUGGACAAAUUGCUAGAGCACAAUAUAAACUUUCUUGCUGAGCGACUGCGAAAUACUAGAGAUAUACUUGUCCUUCUACAUCACUUUGGAGUAAUCACAUACAAUGAUCAGAUGAGAUUGAAAAAUAUUUCUUCUGAGUACAUCCGUUCUGUAGAAGUGCUUGAAAUCAUUGCUACAAAAGAUGAAAAGAAUUUUCAAAAUUUUCUUACAAUUUUGAAAUUCACUGACAAUUUUGAGGCUAUACAUGCAGUUCUAGGACCUACGAAUGGUUUCAUAUAACUAAGUUGGAUUAUAUUGGAUAUUUGAUACAGAGUUAGUUUUCCUCUCCACUCAAAAUGCCGGUGUCCAGAGAUAGAUCCAAUUAUUUACUCAAUUAUUAGUAUUCAGAUAGAAGACAAUUAUAUUGAUAAGCCAUAUGAUUAGAUCGAUUGGAUUGUGUGUUGAGCGUAAUUGAAUAUCGGCUGUUUUAUCGUAUAUUACAUACUGGUACUAAUGCUUGUAUUAGUAUCUAUAAGCAAGUUGAAAUUGUUUUCAAAAAUUGUUACAAAAUUGUUUGUAUUUUUAUAACUGAAGAAAUCUUGUUUUGUUGUAUUGCGUAAAUUUGUUCUCUC